GCUUGCAUGCAAGGCUUUAGUUGAUGGUACUAGCUCGCAAACAAAAUCGAAGACAAACAGCUACUCGUGCCUUGUUGAUCUCUGUCGGGAUAUUGAGCAGCUAGUUAUACGUUCGCGUUUCUCCUACGUGGCUUACUCAUUUACACGAGAACAAGUAAAUCAAUAAGGUCUCUUGGAUGAUCUUCCGGAGCUGCUCUUCUUGGUGGAGCGGAUGAGGAUCACCAAGACGCGCAACAAUCUGUGCUCCAUGGACGAUCUUCCCGAUGACGUUCUCAUCCGGAUCCUGUCCCUGCUCAAUUGUAUUGGGGUAGCCUGGUGAGCAAGACAUCUGGCAAGGCUAGUCACGCACUUCAGGUUUGGCAGCAGCAGCUGUCUUUGACGAGUUUAGUACCAUGGCAGGACGACGAUUGAGAGAUGUCGUCAAAGAAACUCUCAUCGCUAAAGCGUGGCCAAUUUGGUCCGAAAACUCGCGUCGUCAUCGCUGGCCUCUCCAACGAUUACUCUCAGUACGUGACCACUUUCGAGGAGUAUCAAAUCCAGCGAGAUGAGGUUGGCGUCGCCUCCGGAUCUUGCUGGCACUGAAGAGAUGCACGGUAGAGAUUACAUUGUGGCCGGUUGGCGAACUCCAAGUCGUGAACUUUCAAGACUUCUGCGUCAAAAGCCGAUCGAUGUCCAUAGGCUGACCAUUAAACUGUCGAUGGAGACAAUAUACGAAGGUGUGCGUCUCUGCAAGAAAUAGGAAAUCGUUGAUAUCUGGCAAGCUUACCUCAGGAAGAUCGAGAGGGGAUCACUUUGACUAAGCUGUUCGUCCUGGACAUAAGCUCGAUUACAAUCAAACAGUGAGCACUUUUUAACAGACCUUCGUACGCUUGGAACCUCGCUUGUGUUGCACCUGAUGCUUUGCGACCCCAGGAAUUCACGUCUUGUUUGUACUUAAAAAGGAACGACUGCAAGUGAAGGCGUUCCAUGGCUCUGACACUCGUCGCCAUUCUAUCCUUCGUUCUUGCUGCUGCAGUUGCUGGCUCACGAGCGUGUAACAUCCAGCAAGUAACACUGAUGUUGCAACCGUGUUCCCAAUCUCCGCACGACUGGCCGACGCAGGCCUGCUGCGACAAUCUCCAGGGAAUUGCCGAAUCUUGCACCUGCGAAGUGCUUCUCAACGCCACCAAGUCUUUUGUCCCGGUUGAUCUGCCAGCAAAAUGUGAGAUGGAACAACUGCAAGUUCAAUGCAAACAAGAUACAGCACCAGCAGCAUCAGCAGCAGUAACUCUUGUCCAAACCCAUAGAGAACAUCACCGUCAUCAGCAGUUGAGUUACUGUUAUGAUACGGACGACGAUGUACCACCACCUCCAGCACCACCUCGACUUAUUGAUCCUCGAGAGCGUCAAUACGCAACAGCUGUGCAGCUGCCGCCGGGCACUACAAUUGCUGCGGCUUCCUCCGGAUCCCUGUGUCUUACAAACCAUGUACCUCUUUUAGCAGCUGCUCUCGCUAUACUCGCAAUAAAGUGGUCGUCGUAACAAGAGAGCUUCCGAAUCUCACUGUACCUGAAAUUCUUCGUCUUCAUUUUUCUUUCGGGGAUGCUCUAGCUUUAACCACCGCUGCUUGAUGCCGAUCUUCCAUCGCAAGUGAUGCUCAGCCAUCCCCUUCGAGCCAAUAAAUCUCGAAAACUUUUGUAAACGCACGACACCUGACACAAGUACG